AGCAGGAGCAGGAACGGGAUGAGAUUGAUGGAUCUGUAUGAAUUGGACGAUGGUUAUGGGUAUGUGUAUGCUUAUGUGUAUGUGUAUUUAUAUUUAACGAGUGUACGUUUUCCGACGACGAUAUAUGCGUGUUUUCGCUCGAUGCUCCGAACUUUCCCCAGUCGUCGUGGCAUCCGCGAUGGCAGCCGGAGGGAGAACGUCCCCGCCGUUCCCUCUUGUUGUUUUGGAUCUCUUCUUCUUCUUCUUCUUCUACUGUGAUAAAAGAGAGAAAGUUUCCGUCCUUCUCGUCGUCGUCCUCGCAAUCCAUCCUCCAUCCUCCUUCCUCCUUUCUCCUUCAAUUCUCUUCGACGAAUACUCCUACGUGUUCGUUUCGCCCCGGUAUCCUUUUUUCUUGUGUCCUUUCUUUGCUUCCUCUCGCGAUAGCCACGCCGACGAUUCCCGUCCUAUGAUAGAUGCGACCCUUCCCCGUCACGCAAGGGGGAGUGCUUUGACGUCAUGCACAAAGUGUCUCAUGCCCGGGAGACAAGCCGUGGCUUUGGAGAUUUCUCGCCGGAGAAACCGCGAGAGCACGCGUCUCUGGGGAUGCUCACCCGCCCAGCCAGCCAGAAGGACAGACAGACCCGGUUGAAAUCGGACGGCCAUCUCCGACGGCGCAUGGAGAAAAUGUACAGAGCUCUCUAAUUACUAACAGUGGGCAGGCCGUUCAAAGCGUACAAACGGCAAUUGCUUAUCGACGCAUCCAGUGCUUGGUUGGUUUUGGUUCAUCGGAGUGAUAGUCCGUCCAAUUCGAUCGAGUCUUGUG